AAAAAAAAAAAAAAUUUAAAAUUGAAUUCUUAUAUUCUGAAAAGGAAUAUAAAAUGAGAAGUUGUUGAGGGUAUUAUUGGGCAAGUCAAAAUAGAAUUCCUAAACUCAUAUUUAACCAGUUAAUUUCUGUAACACAUUAAUUCAAAUUCAGAAGAAGAAGAGAGAGAAUCAGAAUCAGAAAAAAAAAAAUAACACAGCAGAAGAAAAAGAGAAAGAUAAUACAAAAUGGAAGGAGCAGGAGGAAUGCAGCAUUCUGAGUGUGAAGUAAACUUAGAUGAUUUACAACAACAACAAAACGGUGAGUCUCAAUCACAACAACAGUAUCAAGAAUCUCAAAACGACGAUUUCUUGGAUCAGAUGCUGUCAACUAUUCCUAACUGUUCUUGGCCUCCAACCCCACAUCAUGACCUUCCUUCUCCCUCUUCUAAUAAUCAUAAUCCCAACAAUUCCAAUUCAAAUCUUUCUCUCAAACCCGGGGAUACGCAUUCACCUCCUGAUGAUCAUCGAUACCCUUUCGACGAGGCGUCUUUGGUAUCGAAACUCAGGCAUCAGCAGCAUCAGCAGCAGAUGACAGCUAAGUCAUUGCUUCUGCAGCAUCAGCAGCAGUUUCUCUUGUCUCGUAGGUCUCCUGCUGAUGCUGCUCCUCCUGGGAUGUUGCCUAUGCCUCUGACUCUUGGUAAUACUGAUUCUGUUGAUCCUUCUUCCUUCAAAUCUCAGGUUGGAGCAGAAGCAUCGGUUCAAGCAUUGUACAAUGGUUUUGUUGGAUCUCUUCAUGCUAACGCGCAGCCUCCGCCUCCCAAUCAGCAGCAUUUUCACCCCCCUCCACCUCCUCCUCCUCAGGGAGGAAAUUUGAGCGGAGGACAAAACUUUGGAGGACAAGGAGCAGGAAUGAAUCAAGCGCCGCCAGCGAGCGCAUCGACAGGAGGGAGUAGUGGUGCCGGCGCCCCUCAAAGGCAGAGGGUUAGGGCUCGUAGAGGCCAGGCCACCGACCCUCAUAGCAUUGCUGAAAGACUUCGGAGAGAGAGGAUUGCAGAGAGAAUGAAAGGUUUACAAGAACUAGUUCCGAAUGCAAACAAGACUGACAAGGCCUCUAUGCUUGAUGAGAUAAUCGACUAUGUCAAGUUUCUCCAGCUCCAAGUCAAGGUACUAAGCAUGAGCAGAUUAGGCGGUGCAGCUGCUGUAGCUCCACUGGUUGCAGCCUCUGAGGGAGGAGUAGGAGUAGGAGUAGGGCGGAGCAGCAACGCAAACCAGCCAACAUCAACAAACGACAGCAUGACAAUAACGGAACAUCAGGUGGCAAAGUUGAUGGAGGAAGACAUGGGUUCAGCCAUGCAGUAUCUGCAAGGGAAAGGGCUGUGUCUCAUGCCCAUCUCCUUAGCUACAGCCAUUUCCACAGCAACAUCACUCUCCAGGACUCCUCUGCCUCCACCUCGGCCUCACAUCAACAACAACGGCAACCAUCAUGACAUGAACAACAACGGCAACCACCACCAUGACAUAAAUCAUCAUGCCCUUAUCCCACCUCUACCGUCAGAAGGAGACAACAACGGAAAUGGUAUGAGUAUGACUAAGGCUAACCUGACUCCAGACUCUUCGGUCAAGGAUCCAUCCAACUGAUUUCGUAAUGUAACCAACUUCAUCUUACGCACCUACUCACCUACCUUAUCACUACUUUUGUUCCAUCAUUAGUACUUUAAUUAUGUUAUCAUAGUUCGGUUUAGACGGCAGGAAAGAAAGGAAUAGUAAAUUAUAGUUUGAGAUUUGAGAAUCACAAAGGAAUGAAGUUGAAAAUCAACAACAAAAAAAGGACUUUUUUUUUUUGUGAUUCUGUCUACGUCGUAUAUGCGUAGACUUUUACUCAAAGAUAAUCCUAACAUCUGCACCAUCCGACAAAGCCCAAGAUUCCCUACGAAACUUCCCUUUUAAUAAACAAAACCUUAUCUUUUCUUUUCUCUUUAAUGGUUCAAUAACAAUGUUAAACAAUACAAGUACCACCAUUUCUUCUGCUAGUAUUGUAAGGGUAUUUUUUUUAUACUAUAGUUUUUAUUUAUAUAUACUUGGACUGUUGAGUCCUCAGAGGAUGAAGCUCUUUGUCUUAUUGUAAAUAUUACAUUAAUCUUUCUUUAAUCACGAAUUUCGAUACUUAGGA